CCAUUCCGUUUAGUAGAUGUAUUUUGGUUCCAGUUUUAUAAAUUGUGACGAGAGGCUUUGGUUUGGUUGAGUCGCAAACAGCCUGACGAACUUCGUGUUGGGCUUCAAUCUAUACCAACGCAAGGAGGAAAUAGCGAAGUGUUUUUCUGGCUAGUUGUCGUCAAGUAGUUAUCUGUCGUCUGUGAGUUUGGGUGAAUAUCAUUGACUGAUUAGCGGUAGCGUUAAAACGGUUGAUUUGGCUUUGCUUCCAACGGUCGGCAGAAACUAUCUAAGGGGGGAAAAACGAUGUUACAUUAGCUUGCUGGCUUAGUAGCCUCUUCGUAUGCGCUUAUAAAGUUAGUUAGCUAGCGUUAACUUAACUCUGCGGUGAUACCUAGACGUGUAUUCAAUACGGGUUUAUAUAUCUAGGAAAAUAAUAAGGAGCUAGCACAGUAAAACGUUUCGAGGUAGGUCAAAUAUGCUUGUUAGUUAUUACUGAGGAGGAAUUUCCUUGCUAAUUCAGGCCAUCGUUGUCAGCUAACGUCAGCUACCUGCCUGAAACACUGGUCUUUGGCAAAAUCAUGGCAGAUGAAAACACACAGUUCUGUGGCAAUUGCAAACAUGACAUCCCUGAGGCCAAUUUUACAACCCACGAGAUUCACUGCAGAAGAAAUAUUUCUCUGUGUGAUGUGUGCCAGGAGCCAGUUCCCAGAUCAGACCUGCAGGAUCACAAGCAGCAGGAACAUACACAGAUUACCUGCAAGUGUGGUUUGAAGAUUGAGAAGAAUAAUUUGGAUGCCCACCAGAGCUCUGAAUGCUCUCAGCGGAUGGUUCCAUGCCAGUACUGCGAACUGGAGCUUGUCUUCAGUCAGUCCAAAGACCAUGAGGAUUAUUGUGGAACGCGCACUGAGCCUUGUCCCUACUGCAAGUGCAAUGUGAUGCUGCGAGAACAAGCCACACAUCCAGCCUUAUGUGGAAGCCUCACACCGCCCCAAGAAAGAAACAACAGUAGGAUGGGUCGAAGUCCAGGGGACCCCCAGUCGGGGGCAUGGCUGGAAGCUCAUUCCAUUCGAAACCCCCUGAGAACCCAAGAGAGAGGCCCAAAAAAUAAUAACAUCAGUGCAGCAGAGCAGCAGGUCUUUCCCCGACCUUCAGUUUAUAAUACUUCAAGGGGAUUUCGGCCCUUAGGAGACUGGAGAAAUAUUUCACCACAGAAUCCUUUUAGCAGCUUGCUGGGGCAGAGUGAUUUUCUGCACAGCAGAAGCGGCAGCACAUGGGCACAUACUGAGCACACUCUGGAUGAUGAUUCAUCUGGCCUGGACUACAUGCUGGCUCUCAGCCUGCAGACUGAUGGGGACUCGGGGGCCGGAGGUGUCGAGGGCAACAUGUGGAGCGAUAUCUGGGAUCACAAGAUUGGAAAAUCUAACACUUCUCUGUCCAACAAUAACUACCCAGACUUCACUGUUGGAUCGAGUACAAGCGCAGUGCAGGACCAUGAUCAAAAAGAUGCAAUGCUGCCUUGUGAAUUUUGCGAAGAGCUGUUUCCAGAAGACGACCUUAUUUUACAUCAGACUGGAUGCAGUCCUGCUUCGGCCUUUGCGUCUUUCAGCAAACAGCCCUCAUCUCCACCUAAAGACGACAGGACCAGCAGGAGUACUUCAGGGCUGAUGCACAGCCUUCCUGACACACUCGCUUCUAAUAUCCCCACCUUCCCGCAGUCAGUCUCCCCAGCUUCUUACAGUCCUCCAGCCAGUCCACUAGAGGGCGAUGUGGUCAUACCAUGUGAAUUUUGUGGCGUUGCUCUGGAAGAGGCUGUAGUCUUUCACCAUCAGGACAAAUGUGAUAUGCGCCCCCAGAGUGCUCACCCUCUGAAUAACGUAACAAAAGCAUCGGUCAAAAAGCCACUAAGCCCUGGUAGAGAAGCCUUUGGGCCGCCGUCCCCAGAGUUUCAGAGGAGAAUAAGGCACCAAGCAGACUUCUUGGAUGAGGACUUUGGAUUUGACAGGGAAACACCAUCAGGGCAAAACCAAAGGGGAUGGCAGAAAAGCUGCAUCGGCCAACCGAAUCAAAGGAAGACGUCAAACUUUGAUGUUUCGGUUAAGAACAGACCUCAGCAGGGCGGAGAAGCAGAAGGGGCUCACUUGUCUUUCUGUGACACAGACAAGAAUGCAUCUUUAAAGGGACUUCAUUAUCCAGAAAACAAAGAAGGAAGAGGUAACAGAAGGAAUCAAGUAUCAAAGUUACCCAAGAAGCAAAAUGAAGAGCAGGAGGAAGAGUGAGAGCUGAGACUGGUGCAGAAAUGGAAAAACCAAAUCUUCUACUCUUCUGCUUUUCGUGUAACUUUUUGCACUUUUUGAAACUUAAUGAAACAUAUAGCUAUCUGCUAAGUGCCUGUGUGAGUGUUCGGAUUUUAAAGUUUAUAUCUUGAGGAAUUUUACUCUUAGAGUGCCCCUAUUAUGCUUCUUUGUAGCUUUGUAAUUUUUAUUUUAGGAGACUGCUACAGUAAGCUUACAUGCCUUAAUGUUCAAAACUACAAUUUUCUCAAACUGUAUACUUGUGAAAUCUUCAUAAGCUCCCAUUUAAGCUACUCUCAUUUUAAGAACCCCCGUUGCACAAAACCCUGCUCUGAUUGGUCAGCUGGCAUGAAAGUAAGGACAACUCUGAUUAUAUACUUAAGAUAGUCCAGAAUAGAAAGAAUUUUGAUUACUUCUAACUUUUUGUGAUUAGUUUACAUGUAAAUAUAAAUGAAAUCACAGCACAGCCAUUAUCUCUUGCUUAUCUGAACCAUCAUGAUGUGGCUGUUCUAACAUCAAGAUUAUAGGAGUGCAGAACUCUGCCUCCUCAGAUAUCAGGGGUGCAUGAAGACUCCUGCAUACCUUCUUUCAGUCAGCAGAACAUUUGGCAUGCUUUGCUCUAAACUAAGAUAUUUUAGAAUGAGCAGAAAUGACUCUACUGUGGAAAUCAUGGCAGACUGUGAGGCAGCUGCUCGUUCUUUGUUUGAGGGAGUGCCAGUCAUGUGGCAUUAUAGGAGUGCGGUGAAUAGUGAUCUAGAACGAGUUCAGGAGCAGUGUUUUCUGGGGGGUGUAACUCCUUAUGGACUUUAUGCUGGCUACGCUAUAAAGUUAUAGCGUUACCUGUUCAUUAGCAAAGUCCUGUUAGGAAGCCACGAGCUGAUCUGUAAAACUGCACACUCACUGGCUAGCAACUUCUGAUUGACAAGAUGCUGGCAGAUGACUCUGGCAAGGAGCAUAAUUUAUAAAAUGAACUUCAUGUUUUAUCAGUAUGAGCUGAAGCUAGAUACUGAGCCCAUAAAUACUCCUCAGGGUAGGUAUCCCGAGGUCACAGAGCCAUUAUUCACAUACAGAUUAUAUGCGUAACACACUAAAGGAUAGGGAAAAAACCUACAAAGUAUAAUAGGGGCACUUAAAAGUCUGUUUGGUUUAUUCUUACAUAUUCUACUUUAUAUCAGAUGUUUUAUGGCUAACAUGAAGCCUUCACUAUAAAUGCUAAGAUGGACUUAAUUUAUACUGAAUAUAAGGUUUUCUUUUUUUCUUUUUCCUUUUUUGAACCAUAAAAAUCACAUCUUGGUUUAUGAAGAAAACUGUGUGUGUGUCAAGGGCAGACACCUGACCCCAACAGUGUGCAUUUGUUAGACUUUAUAUUUCGUUUGUUACUCGAGCCUGUUAUUGUUACGUUUAAUUUUUUUUUUUUGUAACCACUAUUUGCCGUUUCUUCGUCUUUCUAUAACCUAAAGCACUUUGAUAGAUUUUACAUUUAGUUAAAAGGGCUUGAGGAACAAUAUGAUUUCUACAUCUUUGACCAAGAGAAGAUUUUCCGGUUCGAUUGAAAACUUGUCUUUUUAUACUGUUAAACUUUUGUCUUUAAUAAUUUGUUUGUAACUACUCAGUAAUGUUUUCAUUUGUAUUUAAAUACCCUCAUAUCUCAGAUCAUAUAGAAUUCAUAUAGAAAGCCUAUAGAAUUAUAUUUGUGGUGUUAUAAGAUGUUUUCUAAUAUUUUAUGAAGUAGUGUUAAAAGUUUUCUAUGUUUCUCCUCUAAGUAGUUAGGAUAGAUAGGAUGUAUUUUGUGUGUAACAUAGGGCCUGCUAUAGAAAUUCAUCAAAGCUAGAAAGUCUCAGAUAAUGAGGUCUGCACAUUUUGCCUUUGUGAUCAAAAAGCCCAAGUAGACAGCAGCAGCUCAUGAGCGAAAUCACCUUGUGUGUUGUUUUUGUUGGAUUUUAGGCUGACAUGCUGUUUAAGAACAGCUGUCUUGAUGCUCUUUGUCUUGUGUAGUUAUUAAAAGUUUUAAGGCGCACAUUGAUAGGUUUGUGACCGGUGUUUGUAUUUUCUUUUCCAUAUACAUCACAUGAAUAAACCUGGUUGUAACAAAGUG